AAUAGCUUCAAAGCUUUCGCUUUCGCUUGUGGGAGCGUUCCGAAGUUUAGUUGCGACUUCUCUAUUUAACUUUCCGAUUAACUCAGUAGGUGUAAAGCUGAACAGCUCCAUUGGCUGACUUCUUAGUGUACCUUUCUUUUUUCAAUUUGCUAGAAGGAGAGCUCCAGUGGCGUGACAGACCAAAAAAUACAGACAUCUUAUGUUUGCAAAAGUGGUGUAAAACUAUCCGAAGCUGUCUUGAACCGUGCACUGUUGUUCCUGUGACACGCAACAUGUGCUGAAGAUGGAUGGAGCCAAGUUGCACCUGAAAGAGUGGCUGGUAGCUCAGAUAGAGAGUGGGAAAUAUGAAGGCCUGUGCUGGGAGGAUGAGGGCAAGACCAUGUUCAGGAUCCCCUGGAAGCACGCAGCCAAGAAGGACUACAAGCAGACGGAGGAUGCGGCUCUCUUUAAGGCCUGGGCCAUGUAUAAAGGCAAAUACAAGGAGGGCAGGGAUAGAGCUGAUCCCACAAUGUGGAAAACCCGACUCCGUUGUGCACUUAACAAGAGCACCGACUUCCAGGAGGUUCCUGAACGCAACCAGUUGGACAUCACUGAACCAUACAAGGUCUAUCGAAUUGAACAGGAUGUCUGCCUGUCAAAGCCGGGAGCACAUCCUCAGACAAAAUAUGUGUUCAAGCAGGUGAAGGUAUCGCCAACAAGCCCUGGUUAUCCAGAAAAUCAGUGCCAAAAGGAAGAACUUCAAGCUCACAAAGAAGAAAAACCAUGUGUUGAUGACCUGAUGAAGGAGCACAUGUACUGUGAGAUAACAGAGAAAAAUAAUCUAAUUCAGGCUCCUGAUCCAGUAAGUUUCUUCAGUCCCAUCCUCAAUAUAACCGACUUUCGCAUGGAGGUGAGGCUAUUGUACCAGGGCCAGACAGUGAUGAAAGUGAUCACGGAGAGCCUAGAUGGAUGCUUCAUCCUCCAGGGUCAUGUUCCUUUGGGAAAUGAGCAGAUCUAUGGACCCUGCUCUGCCCAGCAGCUUUCUUUCCCAUCCCCAGGUUCUGUAGCUCUUCCAGAUUGCCUGGCAGAAACCAUGAAUCGCCUUCUUUGUCACCUGGAAAGGGGUGUGCUACUGUGGGUGGCACCAGAUGGGGUAUUUAUCAAGCGCUUCUGCCAGGGCAGGGUGUACUGGAGUGGUCCCUUGGCCCAGCAUGCUGACAGGCCAAACAAACUGGAACGUGAAAAAACCUGCAAACUGAUGGAUAUACCCUCGUUCCUAAAUGCACUCCAGAACAGUUUACAGGGAAAGGGGCCUACACCUUCACACAAGAUCGAGCUCUGCUUUGGGGAAGAGUAUCCAGAUCCAAAAGUACCUAAAACCAGGAAGCUCAUAAUGGCACAUGUGGUUCCCUUGUUUGCUGUGGAACUGUUACAGAGAUUCAGCUUGGGAGAAACUGAGGAGAAACAUCAAAAUCUCACCUCCAACGCAAAAGGAAAGAAGAUAGACUGAGAAAUCUACUAUGUGUUAGAGUUGAUAUGGACAAUACAUAACGGAACUUGACUUCCGUCCACAUAAUCUCCAUAAAGGACAGUAAAACAGUAUCAUCAGUAUAUAUAUAUAUAUAUAUAUAUAUAUAUAUAUAUAUAUAUAUAUAUAUAUAUAUAUAUGCUGCCUUGCAGCAAGAAGGUCCUGGGUUCGAUUCCCGGCCGGGGAUCUUUCUGCAUGGAGUUUGCAUGUUCUCCCUGUGCAUGCGUGGGUUCUCUCCGGGUUCUCCGGCUUCCUCCCACAGUCCAAAAAACAUGACUGUCAGGUUAAUUGGGCUCUCUAAAUUCUCCCUAGGUGUGUGUGUGCAUGGUCGUUUGUCUUGUAUGUCUUUGUGUUGCCCUGCGACAGACUGGCGACCUGUCCAGGGUGAACCCCGCCUCUCGCCCGGAACGCAGCUGGAGAGGCACCAGCAACCCUCCUGACCCCAUUAGGGAAGAAGGGUGUAAGAAAAUGGAUGGAUGGAUGGAUAUAUAUAUAUAUAUAUGUAUAUAUACGUGUAUAUGUAUAUGCGUGUCUCUGUGUGUGUAUGUAUGUACAAUAAGUACAUUUGAAAGGCAUUAUGGGAAAUUUAAUGUAAUUUUCAUUAUUGUAGCUUGUAUUUGAUAUUAUUUUCUAUAGUGCAGCUAGACACCUGUUGUGCAUUUUGCUCAAAGCAUGUUGAUAAACAAAUAAUAAUGUGAAUGUUUUUAACCCUCUUCAUUUGAUGCAGAACUCAUACUCAGAGUAUGACAUGCUAAUUUAAUUUUCUCAUACUGGAACAAAUAUGUGGAAUAAAUUGACCACAGAAAUUAAAUCUAUAAAGCUU